AGCUGCAACAGCCUUUCUAUAAGCUAUCUUCACCUCUCUCCACAUUAUCAUGGCGACACAAGAUUUGCAAGGGAUCAAACUCUUUGGCAAAACCAUUGCAUGUAACGUCAAUAUCACUCACAAGAUCAAAAACGAAGAUGAGAAACAACCGUCGGAUCCCACCGUCAGAUCAUCCUCAUUAUCCGAUCCGACGGUGGAGAAGCGUCCGGACAAGAUCAUAGCAUGUCCGAGAUGCAAGAGCAUGGAGACAAAGUUCUGUUACUUCAACAACUACAACGCUAAUCAGCCUCGGCACUUUUGCAAAAGCUGCCACCGUUACUGGACCGCCGGUGGAGCACUCCGGAACGUUCCUGUUGGUGCCGGUCGUCGGAAAACAAAACCACUGGCCCGUGUUGUUGUCGGUAUGCUUGGGGAUGGAAAUGAGGCCCACCAUGUCGAGCUUAUUAAUGGCUUGCUUUCCCAUGAGUUGCAUUCUGCAGCCGCUGCUCGUGGCGGUUUCCGACAUGAUUUUCCCCUGAAGCGGCUCCGGUGCUUUUCUGACGGUGAGCCGUGUUGAUAUUAAUUUACUGAGUAUUAAUUUUCUUAGUUAAAUAUUAUUGUUUUUGGUUUUGGGGUUGAGUGGUUGUUUUCCUUUAAACCCGUUGAAGAACGUGGUGAAU